AUGCGGCUCCAACUACUUUCCCUCUUGACGUUUCUCAGCCCUCUUGUGGGUGCGAGUAGAGGCCCGUUCUUGGAAGAGACAGGUGAUGGCUCUUGGGUCAUUGGCAAUGAUCUAUGGAAUGUCACCCAAGGACCUGUUUAUGCCAAGAAACUCUUUUGGCAAGGGAUCCCCGGGGCAGACUUGGUCGGGUCUGCCUCUGGCCACUAUGUCGGAUAUGACGGAGAGAGCAACCUUGUUUUCACUGACGCCAGAGUGGCAGUGAAAGGGACGCACUUUAUUGACAUCAGCUUUGAAAGUACCGCUGGAGACCUUCACUGGGUCAUCUUUGACGACCUCUCCGGAGCAUAUCAAUACUUUGUCAACCGCGCCUUGCCUGAUAUCAGCAUCUUCCGUACUCUUUGGAGGCUAUCCCCAGACUACUUCACUCACGGGCGAACCCAUCUCAAGGAUGAGCCACUCCCCGACUUCUCGCUCUUUUCCACGGGCACCAACGUGCAAGAUGAGACCUGGCAACUCGCCGAUGGGUCAUACAUCACGAAGUAUGACUGGUCCAAUGCUGUCAGGGACCGCGACUUUUAUGGGGUUUACGGCUCAAAAGUCGGUUCCUGGUGGAUUCAUCCUUCGACUGAGUACUACAACAGCGACCACCUCAGUCAAACCUUGACUGUUCACCGGGAGAGCAAGACUGGCGAUGCAGUGCAGCUCAACGUCGUGCAAGACACUUCUCACUUCCGAGUUGGUCAAAAGACGUUCCAACCAGCCGGAAAGAUCUGGGGUCCUUGGCUAUGGUACCUGAACAAUGGCAGUCGAGUCGACGCUGCACACAAACGGCAGAAGGAGCUUCGGCACUUCCCAUACAACUGGUUUGACAACAAGGCCUAUAGUGCGAGAGGCGGCGUGCAAGGAACCCUCCGCCUUUCUGACGGCCGCCCAGCUUCCAAUGCAGCCGUCUUCCUCGGCGACACUGACACUUCUAUUCGGCCAUCUGUUCAGGGAAGCAACUACUACUAUACUACUUACACCAACGAUAAAGGUCGAUUCUCUUUCGAUGACAUCCGAACCGGGUCCUACGGUCUUUAUGCCUGGUCAGACGGAGGAAAGCUCGCUGAUGUCUACACCAACUUCACCAAGUCAGAUAUCACUAUCACCAAGGACAAGACCCUGAACUUGGGCCAGUUGAACUGGGAAGUGAAAGAUAGAGCCAAGCGGAUCUGGCAAAUCGGGGCCUUUGACAAAACGGCGCGAGGAUUCAAGAACGGAGGGGUUCCAUACCAACAUGGCGUGGCCGAGGAUAGCCCUGCCAACUUGACAUUUACCAUCGGCAAAUCCCAAGACUCAGACUGGUACUACGCAUCCUCCGCGAUCGGAACGUGGACCAUCGAGUUCGAGAUCUCAAAGGAGGACCUUGCAGCCAACAAGGCAGCGCUGCUGAGCGUUUCACUCGCUGGAUACUCACAAAGCGCAGCACUUGAUAUAGACGUCAACGGGAAAGUCUACGGCUCGUUGAGCAAGAACGUCUUGACGAGUGACCCUGCCCUCUACCGAUCCGGCAAGACUAGUGGCGAAUGGCGCUUCUUUCAGUACGAGAUUGAGCCAGACGCGUUGAGGGAGGGCGUCAAUACGGCUGGGUUUACUGUCACGCGGUAUACCAAGUGGAGAGGCUUUCUGUGGGAUAGCAUUAUCUUGGAGUGGGCGUGA